AUGAGUACCCAGGGCGUUGCAGUGCCCAGGAAGCAAAGAACUGAAGCUGUCGAACACUCAUUUGCCGAAGCUCUCUCAAUGAGCUCCAAGGAAUCUUUUCAAGUCUUGUCCAAGGAGGAACUUGGCUUACCACCAUCUCCCGAUAGUCCAACGCUUGCCCGUAACCCAACUACCAAUCACAACACCUAUAGCAUCUUUCCCGAAAGAUCAUUGACCGAAAGGACACUCCUCAAUAGAACAAUUCUUGAAAGAACAAUCCCGACGUAUCCUGCGUUACCCCCGCAGCAGCAACAAAAACAAAACAUGCCACCAUCAGCGCCAAAUCCGGGAAACUUCUCUAAAGCUCAAACGAAGUGUAUGCAGCUCUGUCUGAAAACAACAGCUCUCAGCGACCGUAUUUCGGUUAGAGUUUUGGAAUACCUGACAACAGUGAAAGAUCUGCCCCAAGGUUUCGAAGCACUCGCCCAAGAUUUCCUCGAAACGUGCCAUAUCCUCUUUUCCAUCGAGGCAGGACUCGAUGAAUGCAAUCAUCAUGUGCAAAAUUUCCCCGCAGAAAUGAUCACAGAGCUCGACCACAAAUUUCGAGCGACUCAGGCGAGCUUUCAGGUGUUCUAUCAACUGCUUGUCAAACUCCUUCAGCAUGAGGUUGGCACAGUGGGACACUUCAAGCGGGGCUGGGGGAAGAUCUUUAGUAAUACUGCCAACGAUAUCAGUAAAAUGGCGGGCACACUGGCUAAAACACGCGACGGUUUGAGGAUGAGCGCAUUGGUCUUUCAAUGGAGUUUGGGGAAUGAUAAGAUUGAAAAGGAGUUGGGCAUAGGGUACCUUGGUUUAGCUGCAGCGCUGAAUAGAAUGGUCGAAAAGGCUGGACGCAAAUCCACCAAGACUUCGGUUAGCUCACAUUCAUCGCCCAUAAUGCCGUCGCCUUUUGAAUCCGGAAUGAGCGAUGUUAGUGGCCAUCAUACUGUCCAACCACAGCAAAUGGAAAUUCAGCAUUUUCCUCUGCCUCCUCUAUCAACUUCCGCAUGGACUAGCAGAGCGUCUUCUGGUCAACAGCAGGAGUCCUUAGGGGAUAGAGCAUCAGCUAGAGAUUCUUUGCUUCUGGGCUCAAAUGCUCAGCAUUAUAAUACGAAUACUAUUGGUACUGCCAUGAGUUCGCAAAUCGCCAUUUCCCAUGAUUCUAGUGAAAGGCAUUAUUCGGACAUAAUCAAUGCAUUUGACAACCACCAUAUCGAUGAUACCCGAUUUCGUACCGAGUCUGUUGAAUCCGGCAGUCUUAUCAAAGAUGUAGAGGGAAUGAUAAUAAAUCCCACGGAGGCGAUUCGACUCAAGGUCGACCACGACAAUAUGCCACGCUGGAGUCCUCGAGGUAACGCUGGCUCAAAUACUGGAACCAUGAAAGCCGCUCUGAUCUCAGCUAUCCGGGACAAAAAUCACAAAGCUGUAGAGAAACUGUUGGAUGGUGGUGUACCAGCUAAUACAGGAUCGGAGAUCAAUGCUCUGAAAGAGGCAAUUCUUGCUCAUGAUGCAGAGAGUAUACGACUAUUACUUACCUUUGGAGCUAAUCCAAAUGGUCAUGAUAGAGAUGGCGUCACACCUUUACGAGCUUCCGUUGAGAAAUCAUUCCUGGCUGGAGCUACCACACUUCUUAAGUACGGCGCUGACCCCAAUCUUGUUGCUGGUAUUGAUAUGGAAUCUCCUCUUGCUGCAUCAGUCAUGGCAAAUAUGGUGGGAUUCUCUCAUAUCUUUCUCAUCUACAAUGGCGACGCCAAUCACGUCACCUCGAGCGGUAACACACUUCUCAUCAGUGCUAUUGGCAAAAAGACAUCGAAAGAAUUCAUGGAUCUACUUCUCAAAUACGGCGCAAACCCCAACGCUAAAAGUACAGAGGGAAAGACAGCCUUGUUUGAAGCUAUUACUUGUGGAAGAGCAGAUAUCGUCUCCACCUUAUUGGAAUAUGGAGCGGAUCCUAAUCUUCCAGGCCCGAAACAUAUGCUUUGGCCUGCUACAUAUCAAACCGCUUGUCUACAAUAUCUCCUAACCCACGGUGCGGAUCCUAAAAAGUGUCCAGGAAUCAUAGAGCUAGCGACUAGUAUCAAUAAUAUCGAAUCAGUCCGUAUUCUUCUCAAAGCUGGCGUUGAUCCCAACGCCAAGAAAGACGGCGUCUACACACCACUAUGUACAUCAAUCCGCGACGACCGAGCAGACAUCUUCCAACUCCUCCUCAGCAACAAAGCCAACUCCAACACCAUGGCAAGCGAAUAUCCCGCCUGGAAAUGUGUUACUCAUAACCGAGUACACUUUCUCCCCGCCUUAGUCACCGCAGGAGCAGACAUCUACAAGCCCAAAGGCAUCGCCGAAAUGGCCGUAAGCUGCAACAACAUGGAAGCACUCAACUGGCUGCUCGACUACGGCGUAAACCCCAACGAUAAAUCCGCCAAAGGCAUGACCCCCCUCACAACCGCCAUCCGCGAACAACGUCUCGAAAUGAUCGAUCUCCUCCUCCUGCGCGGCGCCGACGUCAAUCUCCGCGGUCAAGACUGGCCCGUUUGUAUGGCUGUGCAUAAUCCCCACAUACUCACACGCAUCCUCUCUGUUCUCCCCUCACCUCGCGCUUACAAAGGGGUUUUAGAAAUGGCAGUUCACGCCAACCAACUCGAAUCUGUCAAACAUCUCCUCGCAGCCGGCGUCUCGGUCGAAGAUAAAAACGGCGGGGUUUUCUCCCCGCUAACUACUGCUAUCCGUGAAGACCGCAGGGAUAUCGUGAUAUACUUGCUUGAUGUAGCUGGUGCGGAUAUUAAUGCACCAGGCGAACAUCUACCGAUUGUGAAAGCGCUGCGGCGGUAUGAAGGCGAAGAUACGGGGAUGAUUGAGAUGUUGUUGGAUCGGGGAGCGGAUCCGAAUUUGGUUUAUAGAGGGUGGAAUGCAAUUAUGCAGGCGGUGGAGAAUGGGGAUGUGGAGAUCUUGAAGUUGGUGGCGGAGAAGGCGGGGGUGGAUUUGGAGGUGAGGGAUGAGAUGGGAAGGUCGGUUAGUGAGAUGGCGGCGGGGAGGGGCUGGAUUGAGGCGGUUACUAUUUUGCAUGAUAAUAUGUCGUUGUAG